AACACAACGUAAAGAACGGACUUCGAAAAAUCUCUCGUCGGACUCUAGCAGACGGUCGCGGUCACGUCACGGUUUGAUGAAGGAGAAGCAGAAUUUUGUUUCGCUGCUUGUUGCCUGCCGAUUAGCCUUUUCUGCUCUUGGUUCUUCUGCUAGAUAUCGAAUCGAAUACGCGCACGCGACGAGUAGGUUCAGCUGGUGCCCUGUUCUAAUACUCAAUACGAGAUAAGCAGUUUCCGCAGUACGGUCGGUCGGUCGUCAUUGUGUCGGUUUUCUCUCGCGUAUAAUCAAAUUGAACGCAAAAAAGUUUUGAAGUGGAAGUAGGUGCAGGUCCGACUGUUUGAAUACAUUCGAAGGGAAGAACCGUGAAUUUUGUUCGUUGCGUUUUAGAUGCCCUUUCCUAUAUGGAUUACAUUUUUUAGUGCAUCUAUUUCCUGUUCUAAAGGUCGCUUUCUCGUGUCCUCAUUGCGGUGCAGUGCGUGCUGAAGGAAAUUGGUUCCGAGUGAGUGAGGGAGAAAGAAGGCUUUCGUGAAGGACCGAAGUGACACGACAGAUCAUUGUUCUGGGGCUGUGGAUACGACGUAGAACCGGAUUUUCAUAGUGCUAGUGGAAAAGUGAAGUACGAAGGUUCCGUUGCUUUGGUGCGUCCGUGAAGAAAAGGAUUUCACUGACCGUGUAUAUUUAAAUAUUUUCUGGUUCCGUACAAAACUGGUAUUAUCGACACAAUGAUUUCAAAGGAUAGAGGUUUUGGCGCCUAGCAUUUUCUCGAAGUGCACGAACCAUAAUACGUCUGUCGGCUGCCAAACCAUCAUGAUGUAUCGCAAGACACGCGACGUAUUGAACUAAUUGUAGUAUAGACCAUCGUUUUUUGGUACACCCUAAGAAAGAAGUUGGCAUAUGCUGUCAAAUGUCGUGUAAGAAUGUUGUGUAGUUCGUACUGAUACCUAAUCUACGGCAAAGGAGCAAACACAGUGCAAAUCAUAUGUAAAAUAAAAAUUGGACUCGCCUCGGAACGAUACCCCGGUGAGUUCCCGUGUGGUGAACAGUGACUGCAGCAGCAGUAUAGCAGCACCGAGUGAUGAGAUCGCAAUUUAGCAACUUCAACACAUCGCUUAUUAUGCCCAGCGGAAGUUCCUCGUCGUCGUCGAUGCCGCAGCGGCCACCCCGACGCAGGGCCCAAUCCGUGGGCAACUCCAGCUACGGAUCGUCACUGGCGCUAGCCUCGUCUACACCGAGGGGAUCGCUCUUCAAUGCGAAUGAUGAUGAAACUUGUCUAGUUAGGAUUAAGGUUGUGGCAGCUCACUCGCUAACCAAGAAGGAUAUCUUCGGCAACAGUGAUCCUUACGUAAAGGUGGACGUCAACACGAUAGUUGGCGAUGUCAACAUUGAUUCUAUGGUCACCAAGACCAAAAAGAAGACACUAAAUCCAACGUGGAAUGAGGAAUUUAUCUUUCGGGUAAAGCCAAACGAGCACAAACUAGUCUUCCAGGUGUACGAUGAAAACCGGCUAACCCGCGAUGGAUUCCUGGGAAUGGUAGAGCUGACAUUGAUCAAUCUACCCCGAGAACAGGAGGGACGAGCCAUAGCAACCAAAAAUUAUCCGCUACGACCGAAGAAAAUUACCGGCAUGCUACGGUCGAAGAUUCGUGGUUCGCUGGAUAUCUACCAUGCGGUGAUGCGAGAUCAGGACGGUGGAGAUCAAAAUGCUUGGUCCGCGGCGGAGCAACCUACGCCGGCAGCCCUCCGCUCGGCUCAAGUGACAGCGUCCAACGCGGAUGCAUUGCCACCGGGCUGGGAGGAAAGGCAGGACGCGAUUGGACGGAUCUACUACGUGAAUCACGUUGCCCGCACGACCCAGUGGGAACGGCCAACGGCAAUGCCCUCGCAUCCCGGUAUUAACGAAAUGGCGGCUGCAUUCCAGCGUAGGUUUCACAUCAGUAACGAUCCCAGUGAUAGCAGUGCGACCGGCAGUAGCAGCAGUGCCAACAAUAGCAAUCUGGACAACUUGAGUAUAACUUCAGAAAACAAUGCCACUGUCCGAUUGGAUCGAUCGUUAAGUGGUUCCGUCGCCUCUCUGAAUACCACCACCGCCAGCACCACGAACAACAACAACAGCAGAAAUGGCUUAUCUCCAUCGCCAUCGUCUACGUCGCUCUCGAAUGCUGGUAGACCGAUCCGACCAGCGCCAUUGCCGCCGUCAGCCAAUAGUACCCCGACCAGUGGAAGGCGGCUGGCUCAGCAGCCUCCCGUACCUGCGCCCAGAACUUCCCUGGAAAACGGACGCCAUUCGCCGGAGGAUAACAACGCGGGCGAUAGAGUCAACAACAACAGCAAUACCAACGAAAGCGAUGAUACCAGUGCGCUAUUGAACGAUACCGGAGGCAGCAGUAGGGAGACAACGGACGGACCUCCAAAUUCACCCGGUCCUACAAAUCCUUCCCCACAACCCCCGUUACCCAACCAAGAUGGCUUACCACCAGGUUGGACCAUGCAAUACGCCGCCACUGGUCGUCUGUUCUUCAUUGAUCACGUCAACAAGAAAACAUCAUGGGUGGAUCCCCGAACCGGAGUGGCCAGCACUAUUCCGAACGCGGGGCCUAACAGCGGAAAUCAGGCAGGAGGUGUGGGCGGUGCUAGCGGAGCCAAUGCAAAUGCACGCCAUCAGGACGAUGAAUUGGGACCGCUACCGGAGGGAUGGGAGGAACGGGUACACAACGACGGGCGAACAUUCUUCAUUGACCACAAUACCCGGACAACGCAGUGGGACGAUCCGCGGUUGUCCAAUCCAAAGAUUGCCGGACAGGCGGUGCCUUACUCCAGAGACUACAAACAAAAGUACGAGUAUCUCAAGAGCCAGCUGAAGAAACCGGCCAAUGUUCCAAACAAAAUCGAUAUCAAGGUACGCCGCGCAUCGAUCCUCGAAGACUCGUACCGAAUCAUCAAUUCAGUGACAAAGGUGGAACUGCUCAAAACCAAACUGUGGGUGGAAUUCGAAGGCGAGGCAGGCCUCGACUACGGUGGACUUGCUCGGGAGUGGUUCUACCUGCUGUCGAAGGAGAUGUUCAACCCAUACUACGGGCUGUUCGAAUACUCGGCUAUGGACAACUACACCUUGCAGAUCAACCCGUCCAGUGGGCUGUGCAACGAAGAGCAUUUAAAUUAUUUCAAAUUCAUCGGACGAAUAGCGGGCAUGGCCGUGUACCACGGCAAAUUGUUGGAUGCUUUCUUCAUUCGACCGUUCUACAAAAUGAUGCUUCAGAAACAAAUCGAUCUGAAGGAUAUGGAGUCCGUUGAUACAGAGUAUUACAACUCGUUGUUGUACAUCAAGGAAAACGAUCCGUCGGAACUGAUGUUAACGUUUAGCGUGGAUGAGGAAAGUUUCGGUACCACUAGUCAGCGGGACCUGAAGCCAAACGGGGCUAACAUUGAGGUAACCAAUGAUAACAAGGACGAGUAUAUCAAACUUGUGAUUGAGUGGAGGUUCGUAGCCAGGGUAAAGAGUCAAAUGCAGGCAUUUUUGGAAGGAUUUGGAUCCUUGGUACCACUACAUUUACUAAAGAUAUUUGAUGAAAAUGAACUUGAGCUGCUGAUGUGUGGAAUUCAGAGCAUUGACGUGAGUGACUGGAAGAAGAAUACGCUUUACAAGGGUGAUUACUACGCAAAUCAUGUAGUGGUGCAAUGGUUCUGGCGAGCGGUUCUAUCGUUUAGCAACGAGAUGCGGUCCCGGUUAUUGCAAUUCGUGACGGGUACCUCGAGAGUUCCGAUGAAUGGAUUCAAGGAGCUGUAUGGCUCCAAUGGACCACAGAUGUUCACAAUCGAGAAGUGGGGUACGACUGAUAACUUCCCACGGGCGCAUACGUGUUUCAACCGAUUGGAUCUCCCACCAUACGAAAGUUAUUCUCAUCUGAAAGACAAACUAGUGAAGGCUAUCGAGGGUAGCCAAGGGUUCGCUGGAGUAGAUUAAAAUGCUGAAACCAAUGAACGCCAUCGAUCACGCUGCUACAUUCCCGCGUCAAGUAGAUUACAAGAAAUCACCAGAGCGUAAUUAGAGCACUAGGGAAGGAGCAGACAUCUCCGAAAGAGAAUCCAGUUUUUUUUAUUUUAUCUAGCCGUAAACAAUUAUGUACAGGAAACAGAAAAGUAAAAAGCAACACAUACAAUUAAGAUGAAAUUUCAGUAUAAAGAAGAAAUAAAACUUCAGGAAGUUGUCUGCCAUAAUAUUUAACCAACUACGCGAGUCUCCUCGUUCCGUUGAAUCACAAACAUAAAAAAUACUAGGAUGUUAUUUCCAAUCAAGUUUUACACUAGGAAUGUUUAAACAAUUUUGCAGCUAGCAGAGAGCAACGCGGAAGAGUUAGAUGUGGGAGUGCCUUGCAUAGUGAUCUACAUGAGUUUUCCGUGAAAGCAAUAGCAACAGCAAAAUUCUUAAUAAUUUGGUAUGCAGAAAAAAAAAACGAAUGUCGCUAUCCAGUGAAAGAAUUUCAGAGGCGAAAUUAUUAAAAUUAAAUUAUUUCGUAAAUUGUACGCGCACAAAGAAAGUGAUUUUUGAGAGCUGGUCAAUCUAAACUAGUUUAUUAAAAUAUGUUGUUAAAAACGGAAUGAUGUAUGUAUGUAUUAUUUAAUUUAUAGUAAACACAACUAUCACUACUCAAAUGAAAUAUUAAA